CGGCGAUUGGCGCUGCGCUGUGUGCCUCGGACACAGCAGAUCACCGAUCAACGGUUAGAGCCAAAGAUAGGGGACAUCUACACUGAUCAUCAGGGCACUGAUGAUCAGUGUGCCCUGAUGAUCAGUGUAGCCCCAGCAGUGCAACCUGUCAGUGCUCAUCCAUGCCACCUGCCAGUGCCACAUCAAUGCCACAUUUCAGUGCCUACCAGUGCACAUCAAUGCCACAUAUCAGUGCCCAUCUGAGCUGCCUUUCAGUGUCUACCCGUCAGUGCCACCUAUCAAUGCCAGUCAGUGCCACCUAUCAGUGCUGCCAAUCAGUGCCAGCCAGUGCCGCCUAUCAGUGUGCAUCAGUG